GACGUCGAGUCCAAGGACGAAGAUGGUCAGACGUCGCUAUCGUGGGUCGCCCGGAAUGGGCACGCGGCCAUCGUCAAGCUGCUGCUCGAGAAGGGCGCCGACGUCGAGUCCAAGGACGAGUAUGGUCGGACGCCGCUAUGGUGGGCCGCCUGGAACGGGCACGAGGCCAUCGUCAAGCUGCUGCUCGAGAAGGGCGCCGACGUCGAGUCCAAGGACGAAGAUGGUCGGACGCCG